GACACAUGUCACGCAAAGCAAAAGUGACAUGUGACGCAAACGCAAAAGGUUUCUAAACACAAAUUCGGUUUUUUAUUGUUCAAGAAUUUUACAAAACUUAAAGUUAAAUUGAAAGACUGCUCUGGUUCUGAUUUUAUGUUUAAAUAAAUUCAAUUAUAGUAUUUUUAGUGUUAAAAAUAUAUAAGCAUCGCUAUUAAUUAUUUAAUAUAGUGUAAAAUAUUACAUAGCCAAGACAAUGUCUUCUACGUUUGCUCCACAGCGUGGCCCUAAACCUCCUCCGGAUCCUAAAAGCAUUCAGAGAAUAUUAGAUGAAAAUGGACACUUAAUUCAAGUUAUUCAAGAGCAUCAAAGCAAAGGAAAGGCCCAAGAAGUGAUGCAAAUGCAAACCACUUUACAUAGAAACUUGGUGUACUUAGCAACUUUAGCGGACUCUGCUCAAAACGUUAAUUCGUUAUUGCCUAUGAUUCAACCACCAGGACCUUCUCCAUCUCAACCUCCACCUAAUCAUAACCCUCCACCACCGAAUGAUCAACAGCAGCAUAAUGUAAACAAUUUUAAUCAUCAGCAGCAGCCCCCUGCCCCGCCUCCAGCUGGAUACAGACAACAACCUGGGCCCCCACAGCGUCCAGGAGGGCCCCCAGGUCCACAACAUCCUUACCCACAAAGAGGCUAUCCUCAAGGGCAAUACCAGAAUCAAUACCCUCCCAACCAAGCUCCCACUUACCCACCCCAGGGUUAUGUCCCUCCUCCUAACCAACCUCCUGGUUACCCUCCAAAUCCCCCACCUCCUGCAAAUUAUGGACAACCUCCUACCACAGCUGCUCCACAACCACAUGGGAAUUAUCAACAGCCAGGGUAUCAACAACAACAGCAGCAGCAACAACAACAGCAGCAGCAACAACAACAACCACAGCAGCAGCAGCCCCAGCAACAACAGCCACAGCAGCCGCAACAACAACAGCAACAACCAUCUCAAAACCCUCCUCAAGCGAAUUAUCCUCCUCCUGCAAGUGGCCAAAGCCCACAGGGCCAGUAUGGCACCGGUCAAUAUCAGUAUACGUACGCCCAAGGAUAUGGUGCUACACCACAACCACAAAAUGCUAGCCAGAAUUAUCAAAAUCAGCCAGCGACUGCCCAUAGUCCUACACCAACAUCGGCAGCUCCCGUUCCAACAUCGCAAGCUUAUCCCCAAGGUCAGUACCCACCUAAUUCUACAGGCUCAAAUACUGGCUUCAGCUCUGCUCAAGCCUAUCAAGCUGGAAACCAAGGUGGAACUCCCGGUAGCUAUGGAUACCAGCCACAGACUGCUGCUUACCCACCUCAGCAAUACGCUCAACCACAACAACAGUAUUAUCGACCGCCUCCGGCUCAAGGACCGCCUGGUCCUCCUGGACCACCAGCGCCACCUGGUCCUCCACAAGGUGGAUAUGCUUACAAUUAUCCUCCACAACCUAAUCCUCAGUAA